CCUGCCCCCCGAAGACAACAUAGUGGGCAACAGCUAUGGCAUUCAGCGUUGGGCAGUCUACUUCCAGUUGGAGACAAAAUGGCAAAUGGAUGGCUGCGAUCAUCCAACUGCGGAGCAAUGAGAAAGCAAGUUUGCUUGCUGAGUGGGACUGCAGCUUAAAGGCAGCUGAUAAUCCACAGUUGGAAGUUUACUGACGUCUGGCAGUGGACCUGGUAGAAGCUGGUAGAUGUUGGUGAGUAGACACUGGCAAAGUUUGCAUUUGAAAGCCAGUGGAUGCCGCAGGGCUGAAGCAGGCUGAUGUUUGUGUGUGUAAGCUGGCUGAAAUUCACCAUUGGAAGCCCGUUGACAGCAGCUGUGUGGAUAAUUUAACCAGUCUCUGACCCAAGCCACUGUUCCACCCUGUCUGAAAUCCGCUACCAUUAUACCCCUGCCAAAAACAUCAAAGAUAGACAGUCUGAAUGAUUUUUGCCCUGUGGCGUUGACACCCAUUAUAAUGAAAUGUUUCGAAAAACUGGUGAGGAAGCGCAUCUUAUCUUGUCUGCCAGUGGGACUUGACCCUUACCAGUUUGCAUACAAGGCAAAGAGAUCCACAGAGGAUGCUGUGGCAAUGGCUUUACAUGCUGUCCUGACUCAUUUGGAGAAGCAAGGGAACUAUAUGAGACUGUUAUUUGUAGACUUUAGUUCUGCAUUUAAUACUAUUCUUCCGCAUAGAUUGGUGCCCAAAUGAUUAGACCUGGGACUUCCACCAUGUUUGUGCAGGUGGAUAUUAGAUUUUCUAUCAAACCGUUCCCAAAGGGUCAGGUUGGGUUCCCACGUCUCUGCGGAUCUCAUCACGAAUACGGGGACGCCGCAGGGGUGCGUGUUGAGCCCGCUUUUAUAUACGCUCUAUACAGCUGACUGUGCCCCCAAAUACCCCAGUAAUAAGAUCAUUAAGUUCGCAGAUGAUACAACGGUGGUUGGUUUAAUUACGGCUGGAGAGGGGGAGGCGGCCUAUAGGAAGGAAGUUGAGCAGUUGGGGGAGUGGUGCAGGAAAAACAAUUUACUCCUUAACUUAAAGAAAACAAAAGAGAUCAUUGUGGACUUUAGGAAAUGUAAAUUGAAUAUCCAGCCACUUAUUAUUGAGGGGAAGUGCGUGGAACAGGUCUUGGUGUUUUGAUUUCUGGGAAUGGAGUUGAGAGACGACCUAACCUGGGGAGAGAACAGCAAAGACCUGGUGAAGAGAGCACAGCAGAGGUUAUAUUUUUUGAGAAUCCUCCGGAAAAACAAUCUCUCAAACGACCUGUUGAUGGCAUUUUACCACUGCACUGUGGAGAGCAGUGGUCUGUGUGUAUGGUUUGGGAGCUGCACGGCCAGGGAAAAAACAAUGCUAUCCAGGGUUGUAAAGACUGCAGAGAGAAUAAUUGGGUGCACUCUUCCCACCUUAGAUCAAAUCUAUGCUGCCAGGUGCCAUAAGAAAGCGGCAGAGAUAGCACAGGAUAGUACGCACCCCGGAAAUGAUCUCUUUCAGCUUCUGCCUUCUGGAAGAAGGUAUAGAGUUAUAAAGGCCAGGACUAGCCGCCUGAGAAACAGUUUCUAAUCAAAUGCAAUUCUGGUUCUAAACGCAGCAUAAGGGGUUUCUACAGUAUAGUGUAUUUUAAAAUAGGGUUUUAGAGUUUUUAGGGGUUUUUGAAUGUUUUAUGUAGUUUUGUAGUAGUUUUAUGUAGUUUUUAUGUAGUUUUGUGGUAGUUUUAUGUAGUUUUUAUGCAGUUUUGCAAUUUCAUUGUCCUGCAUGGGACAAUGACAAUAAAGAUAUAUCGUAUCGUAUUUGUGGAUUGAAGCUCAGUGUGUAUGUGAAUGACUGGUGAGUAAACGUGUGUGUGAAUGGGAGGUUCUGAAUGUGGUCAAGGUAAAUGGUGCUUUUUAGGAGUGGCGUAGGUUGCCCUCCCUAUAAGACCUUAUUGGGAAUUAUGCAUUUUGUGUGUGGGGGGGGUUUGUCCUCCAGGUGCACAGAGAAUGGAUGAACCAGUGAAUAUUCAUGGGGAAAGCUAGUGGAAGUUGGCAGGCUGACAUCAGGGAUGAAGUUGCCAGGCAGGAGCCAGUGAAGGUGCCUGGGUGAUGCUGUCAGAUGGAAGCUAUCCUCCUCGCAGUUCCUGUGUUUGCCAUUCAGGGAUGUCAGAAGCCUGUGCAGUUUUCCCUACCUGUGAGAGUAACGAAGAGAAUGGCAAGGCUGAAGCAAGCCACCUUCUAUUUCUAAAUAAAUGUCUUUCUAAAUACAUUUAAGUAAGUAGUGUUCAUUUCCAGUAUGGAUAAUGGGAGGCUGUGCAGAUGCUUCCACAGCUGUUGCCAUCGGCUCCCGACUCCUGCUGAAGUCACAGGUAAGUAUAAUUGUUUAUACUGAAAUGGAGAAUGCCUUUGUGUAUUACUGAAGGCUUUAACAUGGGGUUUUUCCAUGGGGCUAUAUUGAAGUAAAAGAAUAGGACGAGUUCCUAAGUGUUGUUUUGUAGUAGCUAACACUUGGGGAAUUUGCAAUUCAAUAGCCUUCCUGCUUGGAAGGGUGAUGGCUGAGUCUUUUUUUCUCAGGCUCUGUGGGAGUAAGGAUGUAAAUGAAGCUCUCCAGCAGGACACAGCCUCAGGCUAAUGGAGGCUGUAAGGAGAUACACACCUUUGAUUUCACAUCUGUUUGGAAAUACAGUAUCUUUUACAGUUGUACCUUGGUUUUCAAACAGAAUGUGUUCCAGAAGUCCGUUCAACUUCCGAAACGUUCAGAAACCAAGGCGCGGCUUCCGAUUGGCUGCAGGAGCCUCCUGCAACCAAUAGGAAGCCGCAGAAGCCGCGCUGGACGUUCAGCUUCUGAGGCAAAGUUUGCAAACCUACUUCCGGGUUUGCGACAUUCGAGUUCCAAGUUGUUCGUGAACUAAGCUGUUCGAAAACCAAGGUACAACUGUAUUUCUAAGAAAAUGAACUUGUGCUGGACUUGCACAAGACAGUGUGUAGAAUGAUUUGGAUGCAUCUGAUGUUUUUGUUCUGUUUUGAAUAAAGUUCUGCAAGUAUAGUUUUGAAUUGAACAAAUGGGUCAGACAAAUUUUAUUCCAAAAGGAGUCAGUUUUUAUGCUUCCAGUUGCUUCAAGCUAUGCAAUAUUAAUAUCGGCAAUAGUCACAAAUGGACAUGGUGGCUGAGGAGGAAGAGGCAGUUACUAGUGGAAGGAAAUGGAGGGUGCAGCCUUGGUUCUCAAAUGCCUUGGUUCCUAAACACCUCAAAACUGGAAGUAAGUUCUGGGUCUUUCCACGUCAUGUCAACGCGGUCAUGUCACCCACUGUCUCAGAUUUUGAUGAAACUUGGUGUACACCCUUUCCUUAUGGUUGAAAGAAACCCCAUUAAUUUUCCCCCCUCUAUCUCAAGCGGUUUAGCUAUCGGGAAGUGACUCCAUUGAAUUUUCACAAUGGAUUUCCACAGAUCGAACACACUUGAUCAAAACCACUUCAACACUAGAUGAGUUCAUUGAUAACCUAAUAGACAAAAUAGAACAUUUGAUUCCUCAAAUGAUUCUUGUACUUUGCAUCCUGUGGUAGUGGAUUAUAAAAGUCCUGACGGAGAGAAUAUGAUCUCGUCCCAUUGCAUUGUUUCUGAUGAUUUAAAGCAUGAUGUGAAUAUGGUAUACAAAACUCAAGAAAUAGUUUUGAAAUAUAUAAAAGAUAAUUUUCCUCACAUCAAACAGAUACACUACUUUAGUGAUGGCUGUGCAGCACGGUACAAAAAUAAGUUCAGCUUCCUAAAUCUCUGUCACCAUCAGGAAGAUUUCCAAAUAAAUGCACAGUGGUCUUUCUUUGCCACUAGUCUUGGCAAUUCAGAAUGCGACGAUAUUGGUGGAACUACAAAACGUCUAGCUAGAAAAGAGAGUCUUCAGAUACCCCUUGACAAGCAGAGUACUAUUCCAAAAACAUUUUUGGAUUUCUGUGACAAAAAAAUGGAAAAGGUCAAAUUCCAUUAUAUUGCAAGGGAAGACAUAGACAUAAUCCGCUCUUCCCUCGAAACUUGUUUCAGAGACAUGCGGACAGUUCCUGGAACUCACAGUUUCCACAACUUUAAACCACUCAAUUCUACAGGCACAACUGAAGCAAGAAGAAUGAGCAUUGAUAAAGAACCCUCCCUCUUAACCUGAGGAGGUUCCCCAAACUUCCUGUGAAUGCUGAUGAUCUGUAUCCUGGAUGUUCUAUCGCUUGUAAGUAUGAUCAUUUGUGGUACUUUGGAAUGAUAUCGGAGAUUAAUCAAUACGAGGGAGAUGCUUUUGUAAAAUUUCUUCACCCAAAACGACCUUCACCUUCAUUCUGCUGGCCUAGCCAUGACAAUUCUUAAGCAUUACCAUUUCAUCAUAUGCUUGGUAUUGUACAACCCCCACAGACAAUCACUGGCAGAAGAUACUUCUUUCCCGACAAGUGUAUGGCGUUGGUGGAAGAAAAAAUGGAAAACUACAGGUGAUACUGAGGCUGCAGCAAAGAAACUGAGGAGCAUUGAACUUGUAAGGUAAUCAACUGUGAUAACAGCACAAUCUGUUAUGGAAAUUUUGUACUUUAAUUUUGUACUUUAGUUUAAUUGUUGUCCUUAUUGUUAUUAAUGUAUCUGCUGUCAUAAAACUGCCUCAUUGUGAAUUAUGCCUCAAUGUAUUUAACAUAAAUGUUAAAAAGUCUCCAUGCAUCCGUUAUUUCAAGAUGGCACGCAAAAAUCAUUCUUUUUUCUUUCUUCUGUAAGACAGACAUGUCUAUGUAUGCAACAAUAUCCUGAAAAACAAAUUGGGGAUCAUAUAAUGUUGCAUAAUUGAAUAUAAUGCAUAAUUUUAAAUUCUUUUAAUCUUUUUCUUGCUAGGUCUUAUUACCUUACUUGCCAGCAUUUAAAGUUUCUGACCAUUUUUUUAAAAAUUGAUUUCCCGAUUGCCAAUUUUCAUAACUUCAAAUUCAAAUACUCUCAAAUUAAAACAAGUGUGUACUUUCGUGGAAAAAACUUAUAAUAACCAAUAUCAUGUUAAUUUUUAUGAUGAAGAAAUUUGUUUCAUUAUUUUUUUCUAUUACAGCUAUGGAUUGUAGGAAAGUUAUACCCAGUAGCCAUUUUUUCCCCACGAUGCCAAAAAAACGUAAAAUUUUCAUUAGAAGGAAUAAAAAAACCAUAAAUUUUAUUCUUUGUCCAGAAAGAGCAUUUCUUUGCAAUAAUUUUCAACAUCAAAAACUUUGGGUUCCAUCAUACUCAUAUGCUGAAAAUUGAGGUUUUCCACCACAAAAAGUACAUUUACCGGUAUAUAUAUAUUUUAAGGCAUAUAUAAAAUCUUUUGAGUGCUGUUGUAUUUUUUCCUGAAAUCCUCAUCCUCUUAUUGAGCUCUGUGUAAAAUUUCAGAGAUCUGAUCAAUGGUUAUGGAGAAAAAAAUAAAAUGUACAUGUGCCGAGGGUCUCAAAAGGGACAGGUAAGAAAAAAUAAUAAUUUUAAUUUUUAUCAUCUACAAUACUGUCUUACUUAUAGUACAGGUACAUUGAUUAUUGCUUUCAUUUUAUGGAUCAAUGGUCUUGUUAAAUAGUAAAAUUCAUGUUAAACCACUGUUUUAGGGGUUGUUUUUAAAAGUCUGGAACGGAUUAAUCCGUUUUGCAUUACUUUCUGUGGAAAAGUGUGCCUUGGUUUUGGAACGCUUUGGUUUUGGAACGGACUUCUGAAAUGGAUUAAGUUUGAGAACCAAGGUACCACUGUAGAAGGAGGAGGCAAUUCAGGGGAAUCUGGGGAAGGGCAGGCCAGUGGGAAACACAGAAGGGAAAUCUGACCUAGCUCCCUUCUGUCUACUUGAGUCACCAACAUUCUGUUCUCUCAGGGCUCCUGUACCAGUCUCAGCUACACAGAGCUAACAAAAGCAAGGGAUUCUGCCUCCAGUGAGCAGACUAAAGUCUUACAUCCACCCCUCACCACUGUUCUAAGAAGCAAGAACUUCCAGGGAUGCACUCCAGUCCUGGGUUUGGCUUCCUUUGGAAGGUAGCUGCUUGGACGCUUAUUGAAAUUUCCUAAUAAUUGUUCUUCUUUAAAAAGAUACACAUUGAGUGCACACUGCAGUUCUGCGUCUUGUUUCUUUUCAGAGAUCUAGCUUGCUCUCUCUCUCUUCUGAGGAGGGAUAAUAUACAGUGGUACCUCGGGUUACAUAUGCUUCAGGUUACAGACUCCGCUAACCCAGAAGUAGUACUUCAGGUUAAGAACUUUGCUUCAGGAUGAGAACAGAAAUCGUGCUCCGGCAGUGCGGCAGCAGCAGGAGGCCCCAUUAGCUAAAGUGGUGCUUCAGGUUAAGAACAGUUUCACGUUAAUAAUGGAUUUCCGGAAUUAAUUAAGUACUUAACCGAAGGUACCACUGUAAUAAUCUUAUAUCCUGCCCUUAUACAGAGCACAGCGUGGCAACAGAAUCUAAAAAACCACCACGUUAAAACCAAAAUCUGAAAUACUCAGUGCUUAAAACAAUCAGAAAUAUAGCUAUGUCAAUACAGGAAAAUGUCCUCUGACCAUCACCUGGCCUUCUUGGGCCAUCUUAGUUCCCAGGGAGGCAAUCACUUGAAUAUUAUGAGUUAUUAAAGGUAUUUGGUCAAGGCUGAGCUGCUGGCUAGGUCUUACUUCAGAGCAACCCCUAUCAAAAGCCUGUAAAAGAUGGAAGAUGGCCC